CGCCAGUGUUGAACGGGCCUUUAUCUGUGUCUUGCCGAGUCUGUAUCAUGCGCCGCUGAGUGAAUUGUCAAGUGAAAAUCAGCAAUGGCUGCCAACGAGCAACAGCGUAAGGAAUCACGUGAAGCCAGGGAGCCAGCCCAUCAUGCAAGACGUCCCAUGAAUGCAUUUCUAAUUUUUUGUAAAAGGCAUCGCGGCUCAGUGCGAUCUGGCUUUCCACACUUGGAAAAUAGGGCAGUUACCAGGGUCUUGGGUGAAUGGUGGGCAACCCUUCAUCCCGAUCAGAAACGUUCCUACACAAAUCUUGCACAGGAAUACAAGGAUGCUUUUCUAAAUGCAAAUCCUGACUUUAAGUGGUACAAAUUACCAGCACCUCCGCUACGUACUUUAAAUACUAGGCCUACUAAUAAGAAGCAGGAAUCAAGUAGCGGUGUGCAAUCUACGGAUAGUGUCAAAUCUGAAUAUGAGUCUUCCGAUUGUACAAAGUCAGAUAGACGAGACGGACAAUCAAUUCAACCAGGCAAAUUAGCAGAUGAAUCGCAGAUUGGAGGGCUUAGUUCUCUCUUCACACCUCAAAAGUUAGAGACGUCUGAGGAGACCGUUAAUGGUAUUGCAGAAAAUGAUCCUAUUCCACCGAAACCACCCAAAAAGAGAUAUACAGAAUCACCUUUCCAAGAUGAUCAAAAAAGAGAUUGUAAGACAGAUCUUUUUGGCGAAAAGAAAAGAAAAAGAACUGAAUCAAAUAAUAACGAACAACACGAAACGAUCAUAGAAGAUGAGAAACAUACAAUAAAUUCUUUUGUGACAACGCAUACACAACCAGAGGAAAAUUUUCGUAGUGAAAGAACGUGUAAAGGUUUACGUUAUCAGAAAUUCCUUGCUGAGCAAAACAUCGGCUCCUCGGGUCAACAAAAUAAACGAAGACGAACAGUUGGAAAUCAUGGUCAUGAUGAACGUCCAAAUGAAAGAAGAAACUCUAUUUCUUCAAAUGUUAGUGAAAAAACAGAUUCCUUAAGCAGUGAAGGAGGAAACAGUUCUCGUGGAGAUUUAGAACAUCUUGUAGAGAGUGCUGAAGGAAAAAUGGAAGCUUCUAAACCUGAGGAUACGGAAACUGAAGGAGCCGAAGAUCAAGUAGAUUAUGGACCUUGGACUGCACGUAAAAGAUUUCGAGCAGAAGACUUUAAUUUGGAAAAGAAAAUCGAAGCAUUACCGUCUUUGAGUUUAGAGGAAUUUCAAGAAAAGAAAAAACAGCAACGUACGAAAAAAAAGAAAAUUUUGCAAACUUGGUGCGCAUCUCCAGAUUUGGAAGCUCUAGCGUGUCUUGCAACAGUUGCCGCCAAUAGAACAAAACUUACCAAAAAUAACGCUUAA